AUGGACGUCUCCAGGGCGCUCAGGUUUCUCGUGCCCCUGUCUUGCAAGUUCGCCAUCCGAGCGGGUGGCUUCGGCACCGUUCCGGGCAUCGCCAACAUCAAGGGCGGCGUCACUCUUGACCUGCGAGGCCUCAACGACGUCACUCUCAACAACGACAACUCGACGGUCGAGGUGGGCACUGGCGCUACUUGGGGGGCCGUCUAUACGCAGCUGCAAACUGCUUCCGUGACGGUGGCGGGAUCUCGGGCAGGGUCGGUGGGUGUGGGCGGCUCGACGCUGGGAGGUGGCUUUGGAUACUUUGCUCCCAAGGCCGGCUUCGCAGCCGAUCAGGUCAUCGCUUUUCAGGUUGUCCUGGCAAACGGUAACAUCGUGACUGCCUCGGCCACGCAGAAUAUCGCCCUCUACAAGGCCCUCAAAGGCGGAGCGAGCAACCUUGGCAUCGUCACCAGGAUCACGUUCAAGACGUUUGCCAUUGGAGACAUCUGGGGAGGCGACAUUUUUUACAACAAAACGACCAUUGACGCCCACGCCCAAGCUCUAUAUGACUUCACGUCCAAUCCCAGCUACGACACCAAUGCAGGGUAUCUCGUCAGCUUCGUCUAUAAUCCAUCCUUUGGGACGAUUAUUGCCAGCCGACUCGCUUACGCGGAGCCCACGGCGAACCCGCCUGUGUUCCAGGCCAUCACGGCGAUUCCCGAGCAGCUGAACGAUACCACACAGAUCACCAAUGUGGCCGCUUUGUCGAAUCUGUCGUUGUCGUUCAGUGCAGCUGGAUAUCGGCAAGACAACUGGGACCUCACUUUCGAGAACAAUGUUGUAUGGUAUAAAUCCCUCUAUGGACUGUUCCAAAACAGCCUUUCGGGACUCAAGGGCGUUGAGAAUGUCACUUGGGCCCUCACCCUCGAGCCCAUAGUCCCAGUCAUCAACACCCAGUCCCAAGCUACUGGCGGCAAUAUCCUCGGCCUGGACAACACGACGCUGCCGGGACUCGCCCUCGGCGUCUUCUCCGCCACUUGGCAGUCUCCGGACAAGGACAAGCAGAUCUACGAUGCGUCCGAUAAGCUUCUCAAAAAGGUUACUGAUGUGGCAAACAAAGCAAAGGUGUUGAAGCAGUACGUCGACGUGAAUUACGCCGGAAGGAAGCAGAAUCCAAUUGCGAGCUUUGGACCGGCAAAUUAUGCCUUCUUGAAGCAGGUUGCCAAGCAAGUAGAUCCAAAUGGUGUGUUCCAGAAGUUGGUGCCCGGAGGAUUCAAGUUGUAA